UACAUCGGUUCAGUUCUCAGUUACCUCUUGGAGAUUGGAGUCGAAUGACCAUCAAAUAAAAAAUACAGUCUGUUGUGCCACUUGCUACACCACCAUCAUCAACAUUUAAAUGUGUAAAAUUAUCAUCGAAAUAUUUAAUCAAGUGUUUUGUAAUUUAAACGAAAUUAAUUAUUAUUUUGUGAUAUAUUUAAAGGGUGGUUUUUUAAAUUUUUUAAUUUAAAAUGAGUUCAAUUAAAUCACUGGCUGACAAUGAAAGAUUUGCAUUGAUGAAAUUUCGAAGGAGUGUUGCUGGUGUACUUGAAGCACAUCAUGAUGAUCAAUUUUUGUUACGUUGGCUUAGAGCACGGAAAUGGGAUCCAGUUGCUGCUGAAAAAAUGCUACGAGAAUCAUUGGAGUGGAGAAAACAAUGGGAUGUUGAUAGAAUUGGAGAAUGGAAAACACCACAGAUAUUAAAAGAUCAUUUGCCACAUGGACAAUGUGGAGAAGAUAAAGAUGGUGCACCUGUUAUUGUUGUUCCGUUUGCUGGAUUAGAUUUAUACGGAAUACUUCAUGUUGUAUCACGACGAGAUAUGAUAAAAGCAACUGUUCAAAUACUUGAAUAUUAUAUGAAUUUAUGUCAGGAACAAUCAAAAAAACAUGGACCAGCUGCUGGACAAGUUAUUGUUUUAUUUGACAUGCAGGAUUUUAAUCUCAGACCGUAUAUGUGGAGACCAGCGGGAGAAGUCGUCAUAACACUCAUACAAAUGUAUGAAGCAAAUUAUCCAGAGAUACUUAAAACUUGCUUCAUCGUUAAUGCACCAAAAGUAUUUGCUCUUGGAUUUUCAAUUGCUAAAAAAUUUAUGAAUGAAUAUACAAUAUCAAAAAUUCAAAUAUACAAAGCUGAUCCAGAUAGAUGGAUACCAGAAAUAUUAAAAGUUGUAUCAAAAGAUCAAUUACCAGUACAUUUUGGUGGAACAUUAACUGAUCCAGAUGGUGAUGAACGUUUAACAACAAAAAUAUGUCAAGGUGGAAAAAUAUCAAAAGAUCUUUACUCAAAAAAUCUUGAUAAAGAUAAAAUAAAUGAAGAUUUUACAACGGCUAUUGUUAAAAAAGGUGGUAAAUUUAAAAUUGAUAUGAUACCAGAUAAAAUUGGUUCAAUAUUAAGUUGGGAAUUUAGAUCAGAAGAUCAUGAUAUUAAAUUUGGUAUUAUUAAAAAAAAUAAUAGUGGUGAAAAAAUUGAAAUUAUACCAAUUCAUAGAGUUGCUGCACAUCAAAUUGAUGAAGUUGGAGUAUUAACUUGUGAAGAACCAGCUACUUACUCAGUUGUUUUUGACAACAGCUACAGUCUACUGAGAAAUAAAAAAAUUCAUUACAAUGUAAGAAUAGAAGAGCCAAAUGAUGGCCUUCAAGAAUUAGCUCUCCAAGACAACUGACCAAUAAAAUUAUCAUAAAAAUAUUUUAAAAAAACUUAACUAAUUGGUUGUCGGGUACAAACAUUUAAAAAAAAAAAAAAUAUUAAUAAUGUUUAUUAUUAAAGUUGCAGAGCAUCUUUUUUAAAAGUAAAAAUUAUAAAUAUUUAACAGUAAAAAAUAAUAACUCAUUAAACUCAUUAUACUGAUGGAAAUUCAUUUAUAAAAAAAACUGUUAAAUUAUUUUUUUUACAAUAUACUUAAUCAUCAUCAUCAUGAAGUAACAUUUUAAUAAGUUCAACAUCAAGAAGAUGUUCUCCUUCAAGUUUUUUUUGUGUUCCCCAUCUGGAAAUUGUUGGCAAAGAGCUGAGUUUUGUCUUGGGAUUUAUUCUAAAUGGACACUUUAAAUCUUUCCAACUAGAAAAAACAAUAAAUUAAUUAUUUAAAUAUAUUUGUAUUUAUUUAAAUAAUUUUUAAAUAUUUAUUGUUCAAGUACUUACAAUGGCCGAUCACCUACUUCAACAUGAAUAAAGUGUGAAUUUUCUGGUGCUGUAUUAACAGCUUCUUCAAUAAAUGGCUCAGCUAUUUAGACAAAUAAUAAUUGUAUAACAAUAAUAAUUAACUUAUAAAUAUAAUAGAUAAAUUUAUUAUUAAAUUACCUUCAACACAAUCAGGACACCAACUUUUUCCAUUAUCAAGUUUUGUACCACUGUAAAGCACAAAUAUCGGUUCAUCGACUUUGAGUUUUUCCAUAAAUUCGAGAAAUUUAUCAUAGCCAGUAACGUGAUGUUUAAUAACCAUUUUAAAUAACACUGAUACCUCGAAAAAAAUUUGUAUAUCAGUUUGAUAAUAAACGCAUUUAAAAAGUA